UCUCAAGUCUCAAACACUUCAACACUGUAGGGUUUAGGGUUUAUGGUCAAAAUCCCUGAGACAGAAUUUGGGAACGAACCCAAAUCAAGCUGAAGUCGAAACGAUUGGAUGCGGUGGUCGAUUGCGACUGCGAUUGCUUCAACGGCUAAGGGGUUUCUUCAUCUUCAUCACCAUUUUCUGAAGAACAGUAAUCCUGGGAUUGUUCUUUCUCCGUCGUUGAGAUUUCGUUUCUGGGUACGAGCUUUUUCUGGUACUACUAUUGAUUAUCGAGAGGUAUUGAGAAGUGGGCUUCACAAUAUUAAGUUCGACGAUGCAUUUCAUUUGUUCGUACUCAUGGCUUAUUCUUACCCUCUACCUUCAAUUGUUGAAUUCAAUAAAGUAUUGACUGCUAUUGCUAAGAUGCAGAUGUAUGAUGUUGUGAUUAAUCUCUGGAAACGUAUUGAGAAUGCUGAAGGUAUUGAAAUUUCACCUGAUCUCUAUACUUGUAACAUUUUGGUGAAUUGUUUCUGCCGCUGCUUUCAACCCUCUUCGGCUUUAUCUUAUCUUGGGAAGAUGAUGAAGCUUGGUAUUGAGCCUGACAUUGUGACUGCUAGCUCGCUGGUCAAUGGAUUCUGUCUCAGUAAUAGUAUUAAGGAUGCUGUUUAUGUGGCUGGCCAAAUGGAGAAAAUGGGAAUCAAACGUGAUGUUGUAGUCGAUACCAUACUCAUUGAUACUCUUUGCAAAAAUAGACUUGUGGUUCCCGCGCUGGAGGUUCUCAAACGUAUGAAAGACAGAGGAAUUUCACCGAAUGUUGUUACCUACAGCUCUCUCAUAACUGGCCUUUGUAAAUCCGGUAGAUUGGCUGACGCCGAGAGACGACUGCACGAAAUGGACUCCAAGAAAAUCAACCCUAAUGUUAUCACUUUCAGUGCAUUAAUCGAUGCAUAUGCAAAACGUGGGAAACUGUCGAAGGUUGAUAGUGUGUACAAGAUGAUGAUCCAAAUGUCUAUAGAUCCUAAUGUUUUCACUUACAGUUCACUUAUCUACGGGCUUUGCAUGCACAAUCGUGUAGACGAGGCCAUUAAAAUGCUUGACUUGAUGAUAAGCAAGGGGUGCACCCCAAAUGUAGUCACUUACAGUACUCUUGCAAAUGGAUUUUUCAAGUCGUCGAGGGUAGAUGAUGGGAUUAAACUUUUAGACGACAUGCCUCAAAGAGGCGUGGCUGCAAACACAGUCUCUUGCAACACUCUUAUCAAGGGCUAUUUUCAAGCAGGCAAGAUAGAUCUCGCUCUAGGAGUUUUUGGAUAUAUGACUUCUAAUGGUCUGAUUCCCAAUAUUAGGAGCUACAACAUUGUGUUAGCUGGUCUAUUUGCUAAUGGGGAGGUAGAGAAAGCAUUGAGCAGAUUCGAGCAUAUGCAAAAGACUAGAAAUGAUCUUGAUAUUAUUACAUAUACUAUCAUGAUUCAUGGGAUGUGCAAGGCUUGUAUGGUGAAAGAAGCAUAUGAUUUGUUCUAUAAACUCAAGUUCAAAAGAGUGGAGCCCGAUUUUAAAGCAUACACGAUAAUGAUCGCAGAAUUGAAUAGGGCUGGCAUGCGGACUGAAGCAGAUGCCUUGAAUAGAUUUUACCAAAAGCACGUUCGCCAAAACGAAAGCGCACCAGCUGAAGUAUCCUAGGAGAAUUUUCUUGAGAGACAUUUACAGACUCGGAGCUUGCAAAGAUAUCUCUCUACAGGCUCCCUCUUAUCGGAUGCAAGAACACAAAUCUUGAUGGAAGCCAGUGUAUCAAAAGAUACCACGAUGUGUCCAGAUAAUUCAAUCGCACUGUUGAACAAGGAGCUGAACAAUGAGCGGAAACAAUCGCAUGGUCUUAGAAUCAUGAAAAGUCCUGAAGUAUUUGGUUUCCAAACUGCAUCUGGAUACUAGGGGAUGCGCUACUUGGAUGAUAGAUUGAACCCUUUCACAUGUUGGGAUGCAAGCAAAUAUGGAUUUUGGGACUCCUCAUGUAUCCCAUACCACAAACAUGUUCCUUAACAUGCUACAUUCUUUCUUCUACUAACUUGCUCUGUUUCUGAGUUGUAUUCGUUACCAAUGAUCACUUCAGGUUGCUUGAUAUUAUUUGAAUCAAGCUUCCAUAAUGUUUGUAAAAGAACCAGUUUUUCCCACUAUAUGGUGGAAGUGUGUAAGUACUUAAA